ACGACAAUCAUCAUGUCAGACCCCAAGGAGAAAGCUCAACCAGCGACAGAACUCCUACCAGGUGCAGGAUAUCCUAAACCCAAGUCCAAAUGCAAGUCAAUCGCUGUAAAAACUGUGCUGGUUGCAUUCGUAUUCCUCGCAUCAACCGCAUUCUCUGCUCGGGGUGCUUUUCGUGAAUUUCACCCAGUCAAGGCCAAUGUUUGCUCCCAGGCAGGUGAACUUAUUCCUGAAAAGAAUGAAGCACUUUGGGAGAGUUUGAGCAAAAUCUAUGGUACGGAGGACUUCAAGAUGAGGGCAGUAGACUGGCUCGGAGGAGCUGUUCGGGUUCCCACAGAAUCAUACGACAAAAUGGAACCCGUAGGAAUAGAUCCUCGCUGGGAGAAAUUCAGUGCCUUUCACGACUAUCUCCUUCAAGCUUUCCCUAAAGUUCACACUACUCUUGAAUUGACUAAAGUCAACACUUAUGGACUUUUAUAUGAGUGGAAAGGCUCAGAUACUUAUCUUCAGCCCAUACUUCUUGCCGCACACCAAGAUGUUGUACCCGUUGAACCAACCACAUAUAGCCAAUGGCAGCACGAACCGUUUUCAGGCUAUUUCGAUGGUGAACUCAUCUGGGGUCGUGGAAGCUGUGAUGAUAAGAGUGGUUUGAUUGGCAUAAUGUCUACCAUCGAGUCUUUGUUAGAGCAAGACUUCAAGCCCUCUCGUUCCGUGGUUCUUGCUUUUGGAUUUGACGAGGAGGCCAGUGGUAUUUAUGGUGCACAAUCCCUUGCGGCUGCAAUGCUAGAGAGAUAUGGUACUGAUUCAUUUGCAAUGCUCGUCGAUGAAGGGUCUGGAUACGGAGAUCAGUACGGUCAAGUUUUCGCCACGCCUGGAAUUGGAGAGAAAGGUUACUUGGAUGUACGGAUUGAUGUCGCCUCUCCUGGCGGUCAUUCCAGUCUUCCUCCUCCUCAUACCAGUAUUGGGAUGUUGGCACAACUUCUAGUCGAAUUUGAGCAAAAUCCGUUUGAGGUUCACCUGAGCAGGGAUUCACCAACCUACAAAACUGUUCAAUGUCUCGCUGCGCACGCUCCCGACCUACCCCCAUCUUUGAAAAAAGAGAUUCUAGAAUCCGAAUAUUCUGAUCGGGCGCUCAGUGCAGCUGAGAAGACUCUCUUCGAAAAUCGGAAGUUCAAGAGCCUGGUUGGUACGACACAGGCCAUCGACUUGAUUCAGGGUGGAGUCAAGACAAAUGCACUCCCUGAACAGGCGUGGGCUGUUGUCAAUCACCGUAUCUCUACAGAAAGCUCCAUCGAUGAGCUUAAGAACCGAGACACCGAUCUGCUCCAAUAUCUUGCAGGCGACUUCAAUUUAUCUUACAGUGCUUUUGGUGUCUCCCUUUCUGAGGCCAAUGCUCCCGCCUACGGAUCGUUAAACUUGAGUGAUGCCUGGGGUACAGGCUUAAAACCUGCACCAAUCAGCCCGACUGAUGGGGAUGCCGCGCCAUACAACCUUCUAUCUGGUUCGAUCAAGGCAGCAUACAACUCUCAUAGGAACAUCGGGGGCAACGAUAACAUUGUAGUGAGCCCUGGCAUCAUGUCGGGUAACACUGAUACUCGGUACUACUGGGACUUCACAAAUCAUAUUUUCCGGUACGGGCACUCGAGGUCUGUAGGGGGCUCCCUACCCAGUGGUGUUCACACUGUGAAUGAAGCAAUGAGUGCCGACAACUUUGUGGAGAUUAUUAGAUUCUUUACAACAUUGAUUCUCAAUGCCGAUGAGUCCAAGCUCAUUUGAUACACUUGCUUCGAGGGUAUUGGUAAAUGUACUGUCCUUUCAUAUCACACAAUUACGCUUGCCUGUACAGUAGUCGAUACCGAGGUCUACCCUCCCUUGCCGACCUAAUUAUUGAUAUGACAAUUGAGAUCGAUAUAACC